UCCAACGAACAACACUCUCCCCUAUUGCUUGGCAGGCACAACAUUCACUGCCACCAAGUUACGAAGGCAAACAAAAGCGAACAAGCGUCACUGAACCAGACUUCCCUCAACUUUAAAUGGUGAUGCCAUCAGAUUAAGAUGGAAACAGUAAAAGAUACACGAGUGCCACCACCUCCAUGGAUCGACCACAAAUUCAUAGAAUUUGCCAUCAGCAAUAAAGAAAAGGUGAAAAUUACUGUAGAAAACAUGAACAUUCAACACGCAAAUACAGAAGGAAUCGGCUAUGGAAGCUUGAUGUACAGAAUUACCGCAUUCGCAAAGUAUGAAAAUAGUGAGACAGCAAGGAAAAUAUCCAUAAUCGUGAAAACGGCCCUUGAAACUGGAGCAAUGAAGGAGGUGUUUGAAAGCUGUCAGGCAUUCAGGAUCGAGUCCCAGGCGCUGCACGAGGUGAUGCCGCAGAUCCACGACAAGCUGGCAGAACUGGAAGGCGACGAGUUCCAGCCGCUGGCAGCACACUGCUACCACUGUGGCCGGAAGCCCUCAGACUUCCUGGUGCUGGAGGACCUGGCAGCAGCUGGGUUCAGGAUGGCCGAGGCAGGCCGUCCCCUGGAUUACGGGCAGUGUGCGGCUGUGCUGCGGGCAUACGCCAGGCUGCACGCCGCUUCAGCGUGCCUGCUCACCAGGCAGCCACAUUACAAGAACACUUUCUGCAACAAUAUGUUUACGAACCAAACCGCCCAGAAGCAUUUCAGAUCGUUGGCUUCUAACGUAAUGUGCGCCCUAGCGAAUGAGUUGGAAAAGUGCCCCGGCUACGAGGGGUACUCACAGAAGUAUAGGGAGUUUAUUGAGCGACGUCUCGAUACAGCAUACAGAAUGUUAGAGGAGAACAAAAAGCAAACAAAGUUACCUGUAUUGACCCACGGCGACUGCUGGAAGAACAAUAUGAUGUUUAAGUAUCUGGACGGAGAAGUAACAGAAGUCCGACUUCUUGAUUUUCAGGCAGCAAACGUGACCAGCCCGGCUACGGACCUGCAGUAUUUCCUGUACUCGAACGCCAGCGAGGAGGUCCACCGCCACCGUUUGGGCGACCUGUUGCGCCUCUACCACGACACGCUGGUGGGCCUGUUGCGUCGUCUGGGCAUGGAGCAGGCCGCGCAGGCGUACACCGUGGAGGAACUCCAGCGGGACAUGGACCGCUGUUUGGCUGCAGCCGUUGUCUUCAGCGCCAUGAGUGGCUUCGUUCUGACCUCGGAGAAGUACGGCGCACAAUAUACACAGGCUUUCAACGACGUAGAAAAUUCAGAGCAAGCUCUCGCCAAGACCUUUGAUAAUCCAUAUUCUUUGUCUUAUAUGAAAUACCUCUCACCGAUUUUCGACAGUAAGGGAAUUUUGUAG